AUGGCUGGUCCUGGUGGUGGCCCUCCACGUCGAAGCCACACCAAGUCGCGCAAGGGCUGCGACACCUGCAAGCGUCGACACAUCCGAUGCGAUGAGGUUUUCCCCCAAUGCCGCAACUGCACGAAGCACAAGAUUCGUUGCCCCUACAAUGACAUACCUGUGCCUCACAAAGGCUCUGGCACCCCCGAUAAGCCCGAUUUGAUGUGGACAAACGAGAUCGUUGUGGCCAUCAGGGAAUGGCGCCGUACGGGCACCUUUCCCUUCCCCAGCAUCAAUCUUACCUCGCCCCCCCACCCAUCCCACUAUUCGGACGAGGAACUCAGGCUCAUUUACCAUGUUUCGUCGAUUUUCGACCAGAUGGCUGGAAUGAAUGUCGUUUGCCUCACCAUCUGGACCAGCUACAUUCCGGCCAUCUUGAACCUCGGGACAAGGCAUCGCUGCCUCAUGGACUCGCUCCUAGCUUUCUCGGCCAUGCACAUCGCUUCCCUGACCGACUGUCCAAUCGUGGGUAAUAUGGCAUAUGAGCACCGUGGCCGGGCCCUUGGAGGUUUGAAGUUGGCCAUCGGCACUUUCUCGGGUGAGACAUUAAAUGCCGCCCUCGCUGCCUCGCUUCUCCUGUCGUGGCAGGCCACUGAUUGGCGGACCUGGACCCAGCUGAUGCAGGGGGCCUGUUCGGUCACUGAUGUCUUGUGGGGCUUGGGCCAGGGCUCGGAGUUCUACGAUCUUCUCAAUGAGACGGGCAGCAGUUUCCCACGUUCGUCGCCCGCUCCCAGCCCGGACCACCAACCGAGUCAGCCGCCCAAGGAGAACCUCGAUGCCCUCAACUAUACCCUGCAUCAGUUGUACAAGGUCGAGCUGUUCGUGAAGCAGUGCGGAGAGGACUCCAAGCCCAUUCAGCAGCUCGCCGGCUUCCUGAGAGGAUCUCGGAAAAUCGCUCUUAAUCUAUCGGCGGCGGAGCAGUUCGAACGUCUGCGGCCCCUCCGGACCUGGCUUUUUUCUCUGCCCGUCAUGUUGCUGCAGGAGAAGGGACCCACGCCCGCCACACUGGUCACCAUCGCGCACUACUAUACCGUCGCGAUCCUCCUGGAGCGUCUUUUCCCGGAGAUUGGGACUGCCUUUUUUGGGAACCUCUGCGCCCGAUCAAUCGUGGCCACGUACAGCCGCGUCCUUGGUGGCCACCUGAGCUAUGGCCACAACACCGACGCCUACACGCCCGUUAGACUGAUGCAGUUCCCGAUGGACACGGCUACAACCCUCCAGUUCGCGAUGGGCCUGAGCACACCUGCACAACCGAUAUUGUUCCCCCAGAUGCACCCUCCAAACGUCAUCCUUGGUGGCCCUCUCCCUUGGUGCGCGGUACCUCAGGCAUCAUCCUAUACAUAUGUGCCGUACGGCGACCAUGCAAUCUACAGUUACAGCCCGGAGUUUCUUCCUAUGGCCAGCCCGGAGUUUCUUCCUAUGGCCAGCCCGGACCCUUUACUUCUGCCGGGCUACACCGACCCACAGCAACUCAGCAUCCCUUCUCCCGUCUUCGCCGGCUACAGCCCGGCCUCGUCCAAUUUCGAAGGCUCUAUCGCCUACAGCGAUCCGAGGGAGGAUGGGAUGUCCGAAAUCGAGAGCAUGCCCCCCAGUCACAUCUUCUGCUCGUCAUCAACAAACUGA